GGAUCAAGUGGACUUUACUCUGACAGAUGAGUCCUGAAAGUUGCCCCCAUCACGAGGAGCGGCUUAUGCAUUGAGGUCAGACCGUGUGGGGCAGUGAAGAGCCGGGAGAUGAACGACCUGUGGGUUUCCGUAGCGAUGCUGGGGGUUUCGGUGCUCCUCAGCGAGCUGAUCCGCUCCGCAGCGCGUGUGCUCCCGAUAGAUUACCGGAUUUACCUGCGGGAGGCGGCGUCCACAUUCCAGCUCUGCUGCUGCACACAUGAACUCAAACUGCUGGGAGACUCGGCCCAGCUGGAGCUCAGUUACGGCCUGGCUCUCACCUACACGGUGACUCUUGUCCACUUGGUAACUUUCCAGGACGCGACCUGUAACCCCACCGCGGCUCUAGAGAGCGUUUGCCGCGGGACCCGCAGCUUAAGGGCGGCCGGCGUCGUCAUUAUGCUCCAGUUCGCAGCUGCCGUCGCCGCGCAGUCUUAUGUCGCCUCCGCGUGGUCGCAGGGUCUCUCCGACAUUCACCUGCAGCAAAAGAGCACUGACUUCAGGUGCUUCGAUCCCCUAGGCGGGACGCUGCUGGAGGCCGCGGUGGUGGAGCUGGCCUGCGCCUUCGUUUUACAGGCUGCCUGCAUGCACGCCCACAAACUGGACGAAAGACUCCAAGUGCACUUCAUCGCUGCUGUUGUAACUGCAGCAGUUUAUGCAGGUGGAGGGAUUUCCGGAGCCAUGUUCAACCCAGUAUUGGCCUUCUCCAUUCAGUUCCCCUGCAGCGGCCACACCUACCUGGAGUAUUGUUUUGUGUACUGGCUGGGACCAGUUUUAGGAUCCCAUGGGGACAGCGUCACACUGGAGGUGUGGGGGUGGGGUCCAGGCUUCCAGGUGACAUGA